AUGAAGAAGCUAAAAAAUUUUUCAAAUUUAGAUGAAGAAUUAAAAAUAAUAGUAAAUGAGUAUGAAGUUGAGGUUAGGAAAAAGUUCGAGCCAUACUUUAAUAAAAUAAAGACACUUUCAUAGCCAUAAGAUAUUCCUUAUUGGGAGUACUAAAAGUGUUACUAAUUCUUAUAGAAAUGCAUUUCAAAUAGGAUUUAUAGAUAGGAAGCUCAAAAAAUGCUUGAAGAUUUGAAUCAAAAUUUAAUAAACCACUGCUUAGAAAAAGAGAAGUCUCUUUAAUAGUCUUUUGAACAGCUAAAGAACAUCUUCCAAAAUGCUUCUUUAACAAAUGAAGAGAGAAAAUAAAUUGAAGACUGCUCAAAAAACAUCUACAAUAAGUUUGAAGAAAUGUCAAAGAUUGAAAAUUUCAGCGAAUUAAAAUAUAAAUUGGAGUAAAGUAGAAGUGCCUUUUUAAUUUCUUAGUAAUAAACUCUUCUUAAGAGACUAUGGAGAUAAAUAAAAGAGAUUGUAGAUGAAAAUGAACAUGUUUAAUAAAAGUGGAUUUUCAUUUUACAGCAACUAAAAAUAUUAGAUGAAUUAGAAUGUACUCCUUAAAAUUAAUUUUCUUUUGCUAGUUUACUCUCUGAUACCUAUGCUAAGAAUAAACUUAAUGUUCAAAAUCUUAAAAGUGGAUUAGAGCAAUAGUUAAGUAACCUUCAUCUUCCAAAAAUACUAGAGACUUAUAAAUAGCUUUAUGAAUAGACCAUGCAAAAUAAAGAAAACAAAGAACAUCAAAUGAUUUUGAAUGAUUUAAAGUUUUAGCUUGAAAAUGAAAUGAAAAAAAUCAUAACAUAAAUUUAGUAAUACGCUGAUAAGCUCAAAUAAAUUGUAACUUAUUCACCUAUUAGCAACCAACUCAAAGAAUAAAUGGAUAAUGCAAAUUAAAUUAUUAAUCUAUAUAAGCAUUUCAAGGAUUAUGAAUAUCAUUUUAAGGGUUAUUUGGAUGUAGAUAAGCUUAAGCCUUAGAUUGAAUAGGUUAAUAACAGUGUUAACUAAAUUGCUCACGAAGGACCCAAAAAAAUAAAAUAAACGUUCAAUAACAACAAUUUCAAAGAAUCUAAUGAUUAAUAUAAAUUUAUGUUAGAAAUUUUUAAAAUACUAUAACAAUAAUUUCCUAUAGAUGAAGAAUUCAAUAAAUUAAGAUAGAUAUAAGAAAACUGCUUCCAAGAACUUUAAUAAAAAGUAGAGAAUUUAAAGUUAGAAAACUCAAAAACAGAGAGAUUUAAUUUGAAUUUCAUAUGUGAAAGAUUAGAAAAGGUAGAAGAUGAUGAUAUUUAUUAAAACUUUUCUAAAUUACUUUAAGAUAUUUUCUAGAAAAAACUGGAAGAUAAGCUCACUAAUGUAAGAGACAAGCCUUUAAAUUAACAAGAAGAAGCUAUCAGAUAAGUUUAAUCUUUUUUUGAUAAUAUUCCUAAGGAAAUGAUAAAAUCUCUGAACUAAUAAAUAAAAAACAUUAAAAAUACUGAUAAAAUAUAAGAAGAAAUUGAAAGCUGCUUUAAACAAAAAAGUUAUAUAGGGCUAAAUAAGAUAUAAAAAACUCUAGCUGAUUCAAGCUUAUAUAAACAAUUUAAAAUCAAGCUUGAAGAAUUCAUGGAAAAAGAAAUAGAAUAGACCCAUAUACAAAUUAUAUCUAAUUGCAAAGAAUACAAUAACUUUGAGAAAAAUCUUCAGAAUUUAAUUAGGGUUGGCAUUAGCACCACCUAGGAAUAUUAAUCUUUGGUAAAAGAAAAAUUAAAUAACGUUUUUGAGCAACUAUUUUGUGAUCAAAUUAAAGAAGCUGAAAAGUUAAUAUAAAAUAUAUUGAAUCAAAAAAUUAGCAGCAAUUAAAAAUCCAUAGAAUUUUUUUCUCAUUAUUGCUUAUUAUGCAAUUCUUUACUAAAGGUUUAUGGCAAAUUGUAAGAAUAAGAGUUGAAGCUUUUAAAAGGACUUGAUUGUUUCUAUGUGUUUGAAUAAAUUUAAGAAUAAAAAUCAAAAGUUAUUAACAAUAUAAAACAAAGAGUAAAGUAAAUUAAAAAUACUGAGGACGAUUUUACUUGUUUCAAGGAAUAAUUUAAUAUUAUUUACUAACUUUAAAAUUUUGAUGGUGAAUCAUAUCAUGAAUUAAUAGAAAAUUUGAAUUCUAAGCAAUAAAAAUUGUAAAAAUAGAUGGAAUAAAUUAUCUUAAAGAAUGUUAAUACAUUUAAAAUUUAGAAAGAGUAUGAAGAUUACUACCAAUCUUUUUAAAAAGGCUUAUAAAAUGCUAAAGAAAUGCAAAAUAUAGCGCAGCAAUUCAAUUUAGGAACUCAAUAUAAAACUCUAUUUCAGGACUUGCUAUCAAAAUUAAAUUAAACAGUUGAAUCAAUAAAUUAAGAUCUCAAAUAGUGCUUUUAAGGUGAUAUUUUUGAUGAUAAUGUUGUUAAAAGUAUUAAUAACAUUUAUUUGAAUUCGAAAUUUAUUGAUUAAUAUUUUUCAUCUAUGGAUUAUGUAAAAACUCGUAUUGAUUAGAGGUUUGUGUAAUCAGAAUUUUUACAGUAAAUUAAAAGAUAAUUUAAAGAACCAAAAGAAAUUGAUAAACUAGAAUAAGUUACUGAGUACAUAUUUAAUAUGCAUAAAAUAUCCUCAACUUUCAUCUACAUGGAAAAAAUAAAAACAGAAUGCAAUGAAAACAUUAACUAAGUAUUAAAAAAUUACAAAGAUUCUAAAGGAUCUCUAGAAAAAUUAUAAAUUCAAUUAAGAAAAUCUAAAUAUGGUGAUUAAGUAGCACAAAAUCACCCUUUUUUCAAAGGAUUUUAGAUUAGUGAUACAAAUCAAAGAAUAUAAAGGUUUAGCAUUGAUCAAGUCAUAGAAUAAAUUAAGGGCUAUUCUGGUAUUUCUAAAAAAGAUGACUUAAACAAGGCUUAACUAAACGAAUUUUAUAAAAUAUUUUUUGAUAAAUACAAUCAAUAUUUAUAAAAAUAUUUAACUUCUUUUGAGAAAAUUAAUUUUAUUGACCUCUUGAAAGAAAUAUAAAGUUCAGUCAAUAAAAUCAACAAAGAUGAAUUUAAUAAAACAGGAAAAAUAGAAUAAACAUCUUUGAAUAUAGCUACUGAACUUUUAGCAGGUAUUUUCUGUUGCUGGACUUGUAUAAACUCAAAAUAUUAUUUUGAAUCAAUAGAUUAGUCAUACGAAAACAAGUAAAGCUUUUUAUUAAAACCUCAUCCUGCUUAAAUAGUUGCAAUUUUUAGGCUUUUAGGAAUUGGCUACUCCAAAAAUUAUGAUGAAAUAUAGUGUAACAGUUUAGCUUAAGUCUUGACUGGUGAGGGAAAAUCUGUUGUUUUGGCGGCUCUGGCAUGCUUUUAUUCUCUUUGUGGAUUUUAUGUUAAGUGCGCUUGCUACAGUAAUUAACUUAGUGUAAGAGAUUAUGAAGAAUUCUCGCUUUUGUUUGAAAAGUUAAUGAUUAAAGAUUUGAUUAUGUAUGGAACAUUCAACAAAGUCUGUGAAGAAAUAUUAAACCAAAAAGGAGACAUUAGAGAAUAAGUUUCAAGUUAUAUCUAAACAGAUAAUAUUAAAUGCUCAAACACUUCAGAUAUCAAGAAAUAGGUUCUCUUGAUAGAUGAAGUAGAUGUCUUUUUUAGUAAAGACUUUUUUGGAAAUAAUUAUGACAUAGUGGCACCAAUCUAAGGUCCAGCAGUUGAAAAAUUACUUGAUAAAAUAUGGAGUGCCAAAUUUGAUCCAAAUUUUAGUUUUAAAUAUAUUUUUGGGUCUCUAGAGUAUAAAAGCUGCAUUGCUCAAUUUCCUAAAUGGGCUGAAUUAAUUAAAGAAUAAACAAAAAUUGUUGUUUCUGAUUUUAAAAAUUUCAAUAAUGUUAUGAUUGAAAAUUAUAAAAUUUAAAAUGAUAAAAUUUAUUACAAAAAUUAAGAUUAAUAUCUUGAUAACAUAUCAUAUGGAUAUAGAACUUUGUAUACAUACUAUUAAGAAAAUUAGAACUCAAAAAUUUCAAAUGUAGGUCUUUAAAAAUAAAAACUCUUCAAAAUUAACAGUGGAAGCUUUAGCUAUUAAGAGCUACCUAAAAAGUUUUUCAUAAUUAAUGGUGUGACUGGAACUUUAGAAACUUUAAGUUAAAGUCAGCUCGAAUUAAUAUAAAACACAUAUAAUAUGAAAUAAUACACUUUUAUACCAUCAGUAUAUGGUAAGAGUAAGUUUUAAUUUAACCCCCAAAAAGAUGUGAAAGUAGUUUUGUAAUAAGAGUAUUACAAUACUAUAACAAAUGAAAUAAAUAGGAAUAUAGUUGGAAAAACUGAUUAAAAAAGAGCAGUACUAGUUUUCUUUAAUACCAAAGACAUCUUGCUUGACUACUACAAUAGUUAAUAGUUCAAAACCUUAAAAUAAAAUUCCUAGACUUAAAUUAUGACAGAAGAAAACUCAAUUGAAGAAAGAAAGAAAAUUAUAAAAGAUGCAACAUACUCUGGUGCAAUUACUUUACUGACCAAAAUUUUUGGUAGAGGUAUAGAUUUCUAAGUUAAUGAUUCUAUCAUAUUUUAAAAUUAUGGAAUUCAUGUUAUUCAGACUUUCUUUUCUGAGGAUAAGUCUGAGGAAACCUAGACAAAAGGAAGGACAGCAAGAUAAGGUGAAGAAGGUUCUUUCAGCAUGGUUCUUCAACUAGAUACUCUUUAGGCUUUCCUUAAAACAGAAGAAGAUAAAAAGAAAAUUGAGAAACUUGAUGAAAUAUAUGAAGUCCUUGAUAGAAAUCGUCAGGUUAAUUUCGAAAAUGACUUUAAAAGUAAUAUAGAAUAUAAUCAAAAGACAUCAAUGACUAGCCAUAAAUAAUCAGUGGACUUCUUAAAUUUUUUAAAAGAUCGUAAUUUAUAAGAAGUUAAAAAAUACUUAUUGUAAUUGAAUUAAGGACCAAAAGAAAAUACUUUUAAAACUCUAAUUGCUAUGGAUGUUACUGGAUCAAUGGGCAGUCUCAUCACUUAAACUAAAAAUACUAUUUAGACAACUUUUGAAUAAACCAGGGAAAUCUUAAAAGAAAAAGGAUAUGAUCCAUAAUGCUUUUUAAUCAUGAUAAGCUGUUUUAGAAGUUAUAAUAGCAAAUGGGAAGAGAUAUUCUAAACUUCAACUUGGGAAAAUAAUCCAGAUAAGUUAAGGUCUUUCUUAUAAAAAAUAACAGCCUCUGGUGGUACAUGGCCAGGAGAAUCUGUGGAAGUAGGAUUAUGGUGGGCUAACAAAUAAAAUGAUGAAGACCCAAUAAGUCAAGUAAUAAUUUUAGGGGAUUAACCUGCUCAUCUACAGAAUGAAGCUUAAAAAUUUAGAAAUGAAUUUAAAUAGACUUAUUGGGAAAGUACUCCACUAAAAGGAUUAACUUAUUAUGUUCCAGAGUGUUAAAAACUUAAUAGUAAAAAUGUUCCUGUUAAUACAUUUUACCUCCAACAAAGAGCAAAAAGUACGUUUGAAGAUAUUGCAAAAUUAACUAAUGGGGUUAGUGAAUAUCUUGAUAUAAAUUCUGCUUAAAGCUCCAAAAAAUUAACAAAUCUAUUUGUUGAAUAAAUUUUAAAAGACAUUGGAAAACAAGAUGGUCGUAGUAACGAAUUAAUUGCAGCAUACAAAGCCAAGUAUUCUUGA